GAGAUGCAACGAAUAGUGGCGGAGGCAGCUGCGCAAGCGGUUCAGCAAGUCACAAACAGUCUCUCUCGGGCUACAGCAACGCCGAACACUGUUGCAGGGUCACGCCAAAAUGCGGAGGAGGAUGAAUCCAGCUAUGGUGGAGGCAGGCCCACGCAUGACCGGGAGAUGGAGAGGAUGGCGGAACAACUGCGCCAAUUGCAGGCUAAGGUGGAUGGUCGAGCGGAGAGACGCGCUCGAGGACACCCGUUCUCGGCGGACAUACUAGCAGCACCCUUGCCAAAUAAUUACAAGGAUACCAACUUGGUGUUCGAUGGGACUUCUGAUCCGUCGAGACACGUGAGGACAUUUGAGAAUAUGGCUGUGUUGCACGGAUAUACUGAUCCCGUUAGUUGCAGGGCCUUUUUAUCGACCCUUAGGGGAGGGGCGCUCGACUGGUUCCAACAGCUCCCCCCAGGAUCGAUAGUAGACUUCGAGGAUUUUGUGGAGAAGUUAACAAAUCAAUAUUCGAGCGCGGUGGCUCAGGAGAAAACGUAUUUGACAUUGAUGGCGAUGAGACAAGGCGAGAAGGAGUCACUGCGUCGAGGUUCGAAGGACCAACCCAACCGAAGUCGAGGAGAUAUUGCCGCUUUCACAAAGACUAUGGCCAUACUACUGAGGAUUGUCGGCAUCUCAAGGACGAGAUUGAUCCUUGAGCGCCUUAUUCGAGCAGGGCAUAUCAAGGAGUUUGUUUAUCAGAAUAAGGGGAGGAGGAAGGAGAAGAGAAGGUGUCGGGAGGACUCGGUGGAGAGGAGCGAGGAAGAUGAUGAUGAGGAUGCACGAGGUGGUCGAGAUGGUCGAAAAAGAGAUGAGGGGAAACGGAGGCGAGGAAGUAGGGAGCGGGAAAGAGAAGGAGAUGGAGGCCAAGUGAAGAGAGGCACGAUAUAUAUGAUUUCAGGAGGACCGACGGACGGGGACUCGAAUAAUGCAAGGAGAGGCCAUGUUCGAGCAAUGAAGAGGAAGAGGGAAGAGGUGAGUAUCACGGCCCGAGUACCAGAAAUCAGUUUUCGAGCAGAGGAUGCAGCGGGGGUGGUGGUGCCUCACAAUGAUGCCCUGGUAAUUACGGCUGAAGUUGAAGGUUUUGACGUAAAAAGGGUGUUUAUAGACACAGGGAGUUCGGUCGAUGUCAUGUUUUAUGACUGCUUUGUACAAAUCAACCGGGAGUUGAAUGUGGAGCUGAAGCCGGUGGCCACGGCCUUGUAUGGUUUUAACGGCGGGGAGGUUAUGCCAAUGGGAGAAGUGACUCUAUCUGUAGCAUUGGGAAAGGGAGCGACUCGGAAGGUUCGAAUGGUGAGAUUUGUGGUCGUAGGAGCUGAUUCAUCCUACAACAUCAUAAUGGGGAGAACGAGCUUGAACGCGUUCCAGGCGGUCUUAUCCACGUACCACAUGACGAUCAAAUAUCCGGUGGGCGAAAACGUUGGUGAGAUCGCUGUGGAUCAACUUACCUCGAGAAGCUGCUACCAGACCACUGUAAGAAACAACAAGCAAUUAGCGAGGAGGCAG